GUCAGUUGUUAGACUUCUAUCCCGGAAGUAUCCCGAGUUGAAUCCGAGUGGAUCGAUUUGAAGAUUUUUAAGCAUAGCCACUUUUUGGUAAAGAAGAUUGCAUUAAGGAAGGAAUGUGAUUUAUCUGGUACCAAGGAGAGAAAACUAUGGAUGCAUCGCUGUUUGCCUUCGUGCCUGUUCCAGUAGAGUUGAAAGGCCAUGUAAUUGGUAAGCAGCGAGUCGUGCUUAAUGAAAUGAUUGAGAUUUCUGACACCACAAUUGAUCCCGGGAGCAGAGAUCAACCAGGAUUUACUAUCAUUGGAAACGAAGAGGGAAUAGAGAUGGCCAAACAGCUGAUAUCUGAAAAACUGGAGGAGCUGAAAGAUAACUGGGACGAGCUGGUUGAAAUUCCAGAUAAACACAAAGGCAGGGUGAUUGGCAAAUGGAGAGCUAAGUUACGCGAGCUAGAAACCCAGACAGGAGUAAAACUUAUUGUAAAGGAACGAGAAGUAUAUAUAGUCCGUGGAACAGAACAACAACGGCGACAAGUAAAAAUUAGCAUUGGAUUAAUUGUGGCUGGAGCAAGAAUAAAGGAUUUUGAAAACGAAUUUUACAAAGUUUGCUCCUAUGUCGAUGGCUGUCAUCUUCCUGUGAACUGUAAACUCAAGCUUGAGGAGACGCCAGAAGAGGAUUACACCUAUUAUCGACUGAAGCCAGCUGGGCACUUUGAAAGGGAGGAUUCCUACAAUAACGGGAACGACAUCGUGUAUCAAUCAAAUCUUCGGGAUGAAGUUUUGAUGUCUCUAAGGAAGAUUAAAAAUAACGUGGAGACAGCUGAGAGUCCAAAGGUCGACAUGUGGUGCCAUUUAGGAACCUCCUUUAUUCGAGCACCUGGUGAAGAAGACGUUCUCCAACAAACGUGGGGAAUUGAGGAGAUAACAGAAAAGUUUCAAAAGGCCGGGGAAAGUUUUUGGAAAGUUUCUUUUACUCAGCGAGAUGAUAUCCCAGAGGAUAUCUUUAAAAGAAAUGGCUACAUAGAGAUCACUGAAGACGACGAAUAUAUCUCCAGAUAUGACCUGACAUAUCUGACACCCUGCUUUCAUAAACUUAGGUGCAAGGUGUGGGUGGCAAAGAGUAGCGUAAAGAAAAGGCUGGAAGAUAUACCAAUCCCUUUCAGUGACGUUAAAAAUGUACUGGAGGAGAUUUAUUUCGAAGAUGAUUUGACACGAGCACGCUGUCGUGGAUGGCUCGUACUUAAAUCUAGAAAGCAUUUGCAGAGCGACAUUCUGUUUCCUGGCUGCGAGCUAGACUGCAGGUUCACUAUGCGUGAGCGAAGAG